CACUAUCCCCUGCAAGGAGAAGACCAACUUAUUUCUGUUCCCUGUCUGUUCAGAGGACUUUACCCCCACGCUAUGUCUGCCUGUGGGAACUCAAGCCUCUGAUAAGCUCUCCAUUUUCUGCCAGGGCUGAGGUGUCUGGAAACCCGACAGUUUAAGAGGCCCCUGUCCACCGCGUCUCGCGGCCGCUGUGACUUCUGUACGUCACGUACUCAAAGAUGGCCGCCCCCGGAGCGGCGAGGUGACGCCGGCGCGGACGCGUCUCCUCCUGAGGAAAAGCCGGAAGGCCGCAUUCCGCUCUCCAUGGAAACGCGGCUGACCCUCUCUGAAGGUUUAGAGGGGGAGGGAGUUGGGCGAGGGGCCCAGAAGUGGAAGAAGUUUAGGGAAGUAAGUUCAGCUUUUAAGAGGUCGCGGCCAUUCCAAGGAGAGUCAGUCCACAGGUCCUGGAUACCCUGGGAAGAGACAAGAAGUGAAUGAAGAAAGAGGAAGAUUCCAGGACCUAGAUACGAUUUCUGUGGACACCCCUCACUGGUGAUGGGUUUCUAACUAGAAAUUUAAGGCAGAUCCAGAGCAGACAAAGACAGAGUCACAGAGUAUCCCAGGUGCUGGCCAUUUCCCACAGCAGAAGAAAAUGAUCAAUGCCCAGGAGUUGCUGACACUGGAGGAUGUUACUGUGGAGUUCACCUGGGAGGAGUGGCAGCUCCUGGACCCUUUUCAGAAGGAUUUGUACCGGGAUGUGAUGUUGGAGAUCUACAGCAACCUGGUAUCAAUAGGUUAUCAAGUCAGCAAACCAGAUGCACUCUCCAAGUUGGAACGAGGAGAAGAACCAUGGACAGUGGAAGAUGAAAGGCACAGUCAAAUCUGUCCAGAAAACAGCAAAGUUGAUGAUCAUCUGCAGGAUCACUUGAAAAAUCAAAGGAUGCUGAAGAGUGUGGAACAAUACCAUGAACAUAAUGCAUUUGGAAAUACUGCCUCUCAAACCAAAAGCCUUUGUCUUUUCAGGGAAAAUCAUGAUACAUUUGAGUUAUAUAUAAAAACUUUGAAAUCAAAUUUAAGUUUAGUCAGCCAGAACAAAAGCUGUGAAAUUAAGAACUCUACUAAAUUUAAUGGAGAUGGGAAAUCAUUUCUUCAUGGUAACUAUGAAGAACUUUAUUCUGCAGCUAAAUUCUCUGUAAGUACAAAAUCCAAUAGCACUAAAUCCCAAGUCAGUAAGCAUCAGAGAACUCAUGAAAUAGAAAAAAACCACAUAUGCAGUGAAUGUGGGAAAGCAUUUGUCAAGAAGUCUCAGCUCACUGAUCAUGAGAGAGUUCAUACAGGAGAAAAACCUUACGGAUGUACUUUGUGUGCAAAAGUGUUCUCCAGAAAGUCCAGGCUAAAUGAACAUCAAAGAAUUCAUAAAAGAGAGAAAUCUUUUAUAUGCAGUGAAUGUGGAAAAGUCUUCACCAUGAAGAGCCGUCUGAUUGAACAUCAGCGAACUCAUACUGGAGAGAAACCCUACAUAUGCAAUGAAUGUGGAAAAGGCUUCCCAGGCAAGCGUAAUCUCAUUGUACAUCAGCGAAAUCAUACUGGAGAGAAAUCUUAUGUAUGUAGUGAAUGUGGAAAAGGCUUCACUGGGAAGAGCAUGCUUAUCAUACAUCAGCGAACUCAUACAGGAGAGAAGCCCUAUAUCUGUAGUGAAUGUGGGAAAGGCUUCACCACAAAGCACUAUGUCAUCAUACAUCAACGAAAUCAUACAGGAGAGAAACCAUAUAUAUGCAAUGAAUGUGGGAAAGGCUUCACCAUGAAGAGCCGUAUGAUCGAACAUCAACGAACUCAUACAGGAGAGAAACCCUACGUAUGCAACGAAUGUGGAAAAGGCUUUCCCAGGAAGAGUAAUCUCAUUGUACAUCAGAGAAAUCAUACAGUAGAGAAGUCAUAUCUAUGUAGUGAAUGUGGAAAAGGUUUUACUGUGAAAAGCAUGCUCAUCAUACAUCAGCGAACUCAUACUGGAGAGAAGCCCUACAUAUGCAGUGAAUGUGGGAAAGGCUUCCCCUUGAAGAGUCGGCUGAUUGUACAUCAGCGAACUCAUACUGGAGAGAAACCUUACAGGUGCAGUGAAUGUGGGAAAGGUUUCAUUGUGAAUAGUGGACUGAUGUUACAUCAGCGAACUCAUACUGGAGAGAAACCGUACAUAUGCAAUGAAUGUGGAAAAGGUUUUGCCUUUAAGAGCAAUCUUGUUGUACACCAGCGAACUCAUACUGGAGAGAAACCCUUUAUCUGCAGUGAAUGCGGAAAAGGCUUCACUAUGAAACGCUAUCUCAUUGUACAUCAGCAAAUUCAUACAGAAGAGAAAUCUUGUAUAUGUAGUGAAUGUGGAAGAGGCUUUGCCAAGGAAACUGAGCUUGCUUUACAUAAGCAAGUUCAUACUGGAGAAAAACCUUAUGGAUGCAAUGAAUGUGGUAAAGGCUUCACUAUGAAGAGCCGUCUAAUUGUUCAUCAACGAACUCAUACAGGAGAGAAACCCUUUGUAUGCAGUGAAUGUAGAAAAGCCUUCUCCUCAAAGAGAAAUCUCAUUGUACAUCAGCGAACUCAUAAUGGAAACAAACUCUAACAAUGCAAUGGACGUGGUCAUGCCUUUGGGAAGAAAAUCUGUCUUGUACAACAUCAGAGAUUUCACGGUAUAGAUUUUCUACAUGUGUACUGAGUAUGAAAAAUCAUAUUUCAAAAUCCAGUGUUAUUCACUAGGAUGAAUGCUAUCAAUGUCAGAAAGGCUUCAAUAUGAAUUCAGGCUCCGAAUUCUUUGAUGUACCAAUGUAUAGAAAAUAACUCAUCUGAGAGAGAUUCUGUGGACUGGGGGUAACCUUUCAUUUGUCAACCUUCAUUAAAACUAUGACAGCGUCCACAUGACAAAUGUGUAAGGUACAUAGUCCUUUUGCAGAGAAUCUGAACUGAUUACAUACAAACAUUCAUGCAGAGAGAAAACCAUGUUAGUAAUAUGAACUGAUUAAACAGCAGUGUGCUCCUAGCAUACAUGCAUAUAGGCAGUGUAGAGCAGCCUGUUGCUAGAUUUUCACCCUUGGAAGAUAAUGCAGUUUGCAGGAGUGAAUUUUAAUGAAUGCAGAGAAUGCAAUAGUGCCUUCAGUGAUUAAUUACCUCAUAUUGUAUGUCACAAUAAAUAUGUAGGAAAUAAACUUGAUAUAUCCAAUGCA